AAAUAAAUAAUAAAAAAGUUAAAAUAAAUAAAUAAAUAAAUAAAUCAUCCCUUCCUACAGUGCUACCUAAUUACUCCAUAAACACUGUUUUAUCACUAAUUAAUUAUUGCGUUUUACCCUAACGGACUUGUUUGAAAGUUUGAACUCAUAAAGCAAAAACACCAACUGUAGAGAAAAAACCCAAUUCCCCUGUUUUCAUUUUUCCGCGCACUCCGAUUUUUUUUUUUUUUUCAAACACCUUCAUCCACUCUUCUUCUUCGGUCGUUGCGUCGAAGAAUCAGCUGUUUUCGUUGCGCGUUUUUUUGAUGUGCUUUCGUUUCACUAUACGGUCUGCCAAAAAGCGCAGCUGAUUGAAGGGAGCAGCUCGUGCGUGUGUGUGUAUUACUGGCGGAGGUCAGAAAUGGCGGAACCGAGUCGAAACGGCGGCGCCUCCGCGUUAUUUUCCGGCGUCGGGAUUCCGUCCGGGUUGAACCGGAUCAAGACUCGACCGGCUGAUGGGAAUUCGGGAGCUGAAGACGCCGAUCAGUUUAACGAGGGGUAUUCGAUUUCGGGAACUCAUAUGAAGCAGAAAUCCAAGGCUCUCAAUAAAGGACAGGCGAAAUUCGGGCAUUCUAAAGAAGGAUUUCGCAAAGGGAGGAAGAUAGCUCGGUGGUUAACUUCAUCCCUUUUUAAGGAUUCUGAUCAAUCAUUAGAAGAUUUCCCCUGUACACAGUCUAGUGCCUUGGAGCUCAACAGGCCUGGCAAGGAGGAGGACUGCGGAAGAAAAUUGCGCAGGAUGGGAAAGAAUUCAUCUGUAGAUUCAACAAAAAAUUCACCUACAUAUAAAGUGCCGAAAUGUGUAAAAAGUUUUUCACAUGAACUGGGUCCGAAAGGUGGUAUCCAAUCUGAUCAUCAUAGGGCUCACAGUUAUAAUGAUUUGAAGGAGCUCUUGGGGUCGCUUCGUUUGAAGUUCGAUGCUGCAAAAGAAGUUGUGGACAUAGAGCUUGGUUCUUUUUCGCGGGACAUGCUGCAAGUUUUGCAGAACGAUGAUUCCCUAACACGAAAUGAAUGCAAGAUGGCAGAGGGACUUUUUGAUCUUGCUCAACAAUGUAUUGACAUGACUUCUCUAGACUUCCGCAGGAAAUGUGAAACAAUCGUCCAAGAUUUGACAGUGAAAAGACAGACAUGUGAGGCUGGACUGCUGAAAUUAUUAUUCACACGAGUCCUAUUCAUAUUGACUCGGUGCACAAGAUUGCUGCAUUUUGAGAAGGACAGUGGGAUUGUGAAUGAGCAAUCAAUCGACAAGUUCAGAGAAUGUUUACAAAGGAUUCCUUCAGUGGACAUGAAUUGGGUUGUGAAAAAGGGGUUUGGAGAUUCUGAUGCAGGUUAUACUAAGAAGCAAAAAGGAGAUGUCAAGCAAAAGUUGCAGGGUAAAGAUCAUAGAGGUGCUCCUUCUCGGGCAACUGAAAGCAGGUCUAAGGAGUCUGCUCACGAGCAGCACACUGGAAUCAGAACGAGACACAUGUCUAUUGAGCAAACAAGAUCUCAAAAUGCAUCUACCGAUCUUUUAGAUAGCAAGCAGUUUCAUAUAAUUGAUGACAUAUUUCAGAUGGAAUCUAUGAACGGGGAUAAAGAGAACUAUUUGGAUGAUUCUACUUUAGUAAUUUGUCGGAUAUGUGAAGAACAAGUUCCUGCUGUUCAUUUGGAGCCACAUUCUUAUAUAUGUGCUUUUGCAGAUAAAUGUGUUUCAAAACAUUUAGAUGUGAAUGAAAGUCUCCUUAAACUUGCAGAGUUACUGGAACACCUGUUAGAGUUGCUCAGUUCAAGCAGUCAUGAAACUUACGUAAACCCUGAAAUUUUGAGGGUACGGACCACUGAUUCUACACUAACUACAGAAAGUUGUUCACCUAAAUGUAGUGAGUGGAGGAGUAAAGGGAUGGAUGGAAUGCUGGAGGAUCUCCAUGAGAUGGAUACUGCAUGCAUUGAAGAUUCCCCUCUUGCAAACUUGAUGAACUUGAAAAGUCAUUUGCUAACAAAAGUAAACCAAUAUGGCUCACCAUCCACCUCUAAUGGAAGCAUGACAUCAACAUCAUCCACAAAUAGUCCUCGUGCAGGAAAUUUCGACAUCUUUUGGUUAGAUCAAAAUAAUUUAUCUGAUCAAGAAGACAUACAACAGAUCAAUGACCUGGCUGAUAUUGCCCGCUGCGUGGCAGGGACUGAUCUUUUAGAAGAAGGUUCCCAUGAGUUGUUACUUGCUUGUUUGCAUGACCUGCAAGAGAUUUUGCAACAUAGCAAGUAUAAAGCACUACUAGUGGAUACCUUUGGUGGCCGAAUUGGAAGCCUCCUGAGAGAGAAAUAUAUACUUGCUUGCGAUCAAGUGGAUAAAAUUGAUGAUAUUGGAUGUCCAGAAAGCGCCAGAUCCUUGCUGGACAGUGCAUCUCAGAGUAGCACGACAUCAACUCCUUCACAUCCUGCACAUAAAGAACGUACAAGCAUUGAUGACUUUGACAUUAUCAAACCAAUCAGCAGAGGAGCCUAUGGGAAAGUCUUUCUUGCUAGAAAACGAGCUACAGGGGAUCUGUUUGCGAUUAAGGUACUCAAGAAACUGGAUAUGUUAAGGAAGAAUGAUAUCGAUCGGAUAUUAGCCGAGCGCAAUAUAUUAAUCGCUGUUCGAAACCCUUUUGUGGUUCGAUUUUUUUACUCAUUUACCAGUACAGACAACCUCUAUUUGGUCAUGGAAUAUCUCAACGGCGGAGAUUUGUUUUCUCUGCUAAAAAAGGUCGGUUGCCUUGAGGAAGCUGUUGCUCGUACCUACAUUGCUGAAUUGGUACUUGCAUUGGAAUACCUUCAUUCUCUUGGAAUAAUACAUCGUGAUCUGAAACCAGACAAUAUAUUAAUUGCCCAUGAUGGGCAUAUUAAGCUUACCGACUUUGGAUUGUCAAAAAUUGGCCUGAUGAAUUGCACCACUGAGCUGUCCACCCAAGAGGCUGAAAAAAAUUACGUUUUAGAUACAAAUGGUCAGCUCAAUACUGAUACAGCGGACAGUCACCGGUCAGCUGUUGGUACCCCAGACUACUUGGCACCUGAAAUUCUUCUUGGAUCAGAGCAUGGUUAUGCUGCAGAUUGGUGGUCCGUGGGGAUAAUCUUAUUUGAAUUUAUAACUGGAGUUCCUCCUUUCAAUGCAGAACAUCCAGAGAACAUUUUUGACAACAUUCUUAACAGAAAAAUUCCGUGGCCAUCCGUUCCUACUGAAAUGUCUUAUGACACCCAAAAUCUGAUUGACAGGCUUCUUGUUCACGAUCCAGAUGGGCGCCUCGGAGCAAAAGGAGCAUCAGAGGUAAAAGCACAUUCCUUUUUCUCGGGAGUGGAUUGGGACAAUCUUACCUUACAAAAGGCUGCAUUUGUACCACAACCCGAGAGUAUUGACGACACAAGCUAUUUUGUAUCCCGAUAUAAUUCAGCUGGAAUGGAAGUUGACGAAGCUUCUGUUAGUUCAGAUUCUCACAGUUCAGAGUUGCACAUAAAUUCUGGACCAGAAAAGAUGGAUGAAUGUGGCGAUCUUGCCGAGUUUAAUUCUUCACCUAUUGAUCUUUCGUUGAUAAAUUUCUCUUUCAAGGUAUGUGUGGCAAGCUCCUUCUUUCACAUUGCAGUUCUGAGAUUUAUCGAGCCCGGUAUUGUUAUUUAUUGUCACAACCCUCCCCGUAUCAGGAUUGGGUAA